GGCGGGUCUGGGAACGCUGCGGCGGCAGCCGCUGCUGCCCCAGCAUUCAGGGCUCUUCCCGGACCGAGCCCGUGCCUCCUCGGGUGACGCUUACCCGGCCCCAGAUGGUGGGUCCGGAGGAUGCCGGAACCUGCUCGGGAAGAAACCCCAAGUUGCUCCCUGUGCCGGCGCCCGAGCCCGCAGGCCUGGACGGGAAGAUGAUUCGGGCCACGGGCGGCUUUGGCGGAGGCGCCGGCGCUGUGGAGACUCCGGAGGAGCAGGAGGAGGAAGAAGAGGAGGAGGAGACGCCGCCGCCUCAGCAGCUCCUUAGGCGUUAUCUCGCGGCGACCGGGGGGCAGCUGGAGCCCGGGCUGUGCUACUGUCCGCUCCCCGCCGGCCAGCCCCGCGUUCUGCCGUGCUCGGCAGCCCCGCACUCGGACGCCUGCCCGCCGGACGCGGGAUCCAAGCACCGCGGCGCGGAGGCGGCAGAUGCCCGCGCAGCGCGGCACGGAGGCAUGACCAACGGGGACUCGGGCUUUCUGCCGGGCCCGGACUAUCGCGACCUGGCCCGCGCCGGCGGCCAGGAGCCGCGCCACCGCCGCCUCCGCCCGGAGGGGCCUGGCGACGAGGGCGCGGACGGCGCGGGCAGCCCGUCCGACUGGGCCGCGCCGCUCGAGGACCCGCUGCGGAGCUGCUGCCUAGCGGCAGCGGACGCCGAAAGGCCCGAGGAUGCGGGCAGCGGCUCGGGGGGCAGUCCGGCCAGCAGCGGCAGUGGCAGCGAGGACUUGGAGCAGCCGGGAGCCGGCCCCGGGGGUCCCGAGGAGGGCGCGUCGCCGGUCACCUCGGCCGAGAGGACUAGCGGAGGCGCCGGCGCCGAGUCGCGCCUCGUUUUCUCCGACGUUCACUUGAACUCUCGGAACACAUUCGAGGUGAGCCGCCACCAGAGCGCCCGCGACCACCUGCCGCCGUCGGGGCCGCCGGUGCCCUCGCCUGCCGCGGAGCAGGGCCCCGCGGGGACCUCGGCCCGGGCUCGACGGAGCGGCGGCUUCGCCGACUUCUUCGCCAGAAACCUUUUUCCGAAAAGGACAAAAGAACUCAAAUCAGUUGUACAUAGUGCUCCUGGUUGGAAAUUAUUUGGUAAAGUCCCUCCCAGAGAGAAUCUUCAGAAAACUUCCAAAAUCAUUCAGCAGGAAUAUGAAGCACGAACAGGGAGAACCUGUAAACCACCACCUCAGUCUUCAAGACGAAAGAAUUUUGAAUUUGAGCCACUCUCUACCACUGCCCUGAUUCUUGAGAAUCGACCAUCAAAUCUUCCUGCCAAAUCUGUGGAAGAAGCUUUACGUCACCGACAAGAAUAUGAUGAGAUGGUGGCUGAGGCUAAAAAACGAGAAAUUAAAGAAGCACAUAAAAGAAAAAAAAUAAUGAAAGAACGAUUUAAACAGGAAGAAAACAUUGCAAGUGCAAUGGUAAUUUGGAUCAAUGAAAUACUACCCAAUUGGGAAGUAAUGCGUAGUACAAGAAGAGUUCGAGAAUUGUGGUGGCAGGGAUUGCCCCCUAGUGUCCGUGGGAAAGUUUGGAGUCUAGCUGUAGGAAAUGAACUAAAUAUCACUCCUGAACUUUAUGAAAUCUUCCUCUCAAGAGCAAAGGAACGGUGGAAAAGCUUCAGUGAAACAAAUUCAGAGAAUGAUGUAGAAGGUGUAUCUGUUGCUGAUCGGGAGGCCAGUCUGGAAUUAAUUAAGUUGGACAUAUCCCGUACAUUUCCAUCUCUCUACAUCUUUCAGAAGGGUGGCCCAUAUCAUGAUGUCUUACAUAGUAUAUUAGGGGCAUAUACGUGUUACAGACCUGAUGUUGGUUAUGUCCAAGGGAUGUCCUUCAUAGCAGCAGUUCUCAUUCUCAACUUGGAAGAGGCAGAUGCCUUCAUUGCAUUUGCAAAUCUCCUGAAUAAACCAUGCCAGUUAGCCUUUUUUCGUGUGGAUCACAGCAUGAUGUUGAGAUAUUUUGCAACAUUUGAAGUAUUUUUUGAAGAAAAUCUCUCCAAACUGUUUCUUCAUUUCAAAUCUUACAGUCUUACACCAGACAUAUACUUGAUAGACUGGAUCUUCACACUAUAUAGCAAAUCACUACCACUUGAUCUGGCCUGUCGAGUCUGGGAUGUAUUUUGCAGAGAUGGGGAGGAAUUUUUAUUUAGGACUGGAUUAGGAAUCCUCCGAUUAUAUGAAGAUAUUCUCCUACAGAUGGACUUUAUUCAUAUAGCACAGUUUCUAACUAAAUUGCCAGAAGAUAUCACAUCAGAAAAGCUGUUCACCUGUAUUGCAGCCAUUCAGAUGCAGAAUAGUACCAAAAAAUGGACUCAGGUCUUUGCAUCUGUGAUGAAGGAUAUUAAAGAAGGAGACAAGAAUAAUAGUCCAGCUCUGAAAAGCUAAUCUUCAAAAUUAACAGACUAAUUGCAAUAUUUAAAAAAAUGUUUUUGAUAAAAGUAUUUUGUUUCCUAUGUAAAAAGCAUGGAAGAAAAUGUUGAAGAAAGCUAAAAGAAUCAAGACUUGGAAAACCACUGAUUUUGAAUUCCAUGGCUGAAGUAAAUGAGUACCUAUUGACAGUAUUAAUAAAAAAGUAUUUUAUAGGGAGAGCCAUUUUACAAAGAAAAAAGUUUAAAUGGCUAGUUCAUACUCCGUAAUUUGGAGUGAACUGUUUAAUGCAAUAAAUUUUUUAUUGGAGAUAAUCUCUUUGGAGAUAGUUCAAAUUUUUACAUCUUUUCUUUUUUAACAAUUAGCAUAAAGUAGGAGCAUAACAAUUAGCACUUUGGAGGUCAGAAAAGGAUUGUUAAAUACUACUUUAACUUCCAAAAUACUAUUUGAAAUAAACACCUUAAUAUAGAUAUUAUCUCCAGUUCCACACUUUUGAAGAUAUUAUAGACCAAGAAUAAGCAAGGUUGACUAAAUUAUUUACGUCACUGAAGUUGUUUAUCUUCACUCACAGGUUGGGGCAAAUUUAGGUUAUCUGGGAACUGGAAAUAUCGGUAGGAGAUUGUUUAGCAUUUGUGUAGGUGUUUUUCCACAGUAUCAUGUCUAUUUGUUUUUGAAAGGAAAUUGUUUCAUUUCCUCAAGGAAUUCCUAUCACUCAGAGCAUUUUAGCCUCUCUGUUUCUAGUCUAAGAAAUUGUUCAUCUAGUAAUUUAAGAAAGCUAACUGGUAGAAGGAAAUUUCUUUGCACUUUAAUGGACUGAAGGCUUUUUGGGGGGAGUAAGUCCAUAAAUAUAAAUGAGGUUUUUCACUGGUAAGAGUAAAAAGUAAUGAAUUUUGAGAGUUCUUAAUUAGAAUUCUACUUGGCGAGACUUUAAAUUUGUUAGUUAAAAUUCUUUCACUGUAGAAACAAAAUCUGUUAAUUCCAGUUUGAAAUUGGAAAUCUUAAUAUGUAGCCAAGUCCAUGACUUGUAAAACACUGUGUAUAAUUUUCUAAUCAAAGGAAAUAAGAGU